AGGAAUAGUUUUGUUGUGUGUUGAACGUUUAACGACUGUUUUGUUUGGCUAUGAUAUCUUUAUAUGCAGUUAUAACUGUGUAUUGUAAUUCAUGUAAAAUUUUCUUCUACAGAGCCAAAAAGAAAACUGUUUUGUCAUUUUUAUUGACAAGCAAUUUUUUGCUAAUUAUCGGUAACGUAAAUUUAGUCUUCGGAUAUGAGACCACAUAUGAAUUUGGAGACUACUGCUUAUCAUUCCUGAACGAUAUAGAUAACGAUGAUGAAAUGUACGUUGAGUACAAUGGAAAACCAGUUCGUUUCAUUUGCGAUAGUUUCGCAUUCAGAGCAAGUGGAGAUGACAUCUUCGACGAGUACUCUGUCUGUGUGACUCCUCUUUAUUACAAUGACACUGACUGUGCAGUCGAAUUAAACUUCAAAACAUCCAUUCUCGGAGUCACUAAACAUAAAAUUUCAUGCACUGAAAAUAAAAGCGCCAAGUAUUGUGGAGCGCAAAACGAAAUUAUCUACAUUGAAUUCAAGAACCGGAACGGCAGAGAAACGAGUGAAACAAAGUUUAAGCUAAAGAUCACAGCGAAGAAAGAAUAUGAUUACAACAGAACCGAUUUAUCUGCUGAUGCAUCUGUUGCUGGUGCCAUCAUUGGAGGAGUCAUUGGCGGCGUCUUUCUUAUCGCAGUUGGGAGUGCUAUAGUAUGCUGGUGUGUAAGUAGACGGGAACCGUCUCAGGGGGGAGUACUUUAUACGACACAAGGAUAUCCGACUACGACUAACCCGUAUGAGGUAUAUCAUACUCACCCACAACAGGAUAUGACGAUGAUGUCUUCCAAUAUUACAUACCCAAGUAGUUGUCCAAUGGAUUUACAUUUACCACCGCAAGGAGCAGCAUGUCCACUGACAAAUGAGAACAUGUUUUCAAAUCCACCUCCCAGCUAUGACUCGUUUAUGGAGUCAUAAACUUCACAUGUUUAUGACACAAUCCAAGAAUUUUCCGAAACUUAAUAAUUAUGAUGCACAGCAUGUUCGAAAAAUGUUUGUCUUAUGAGAGACAGGAAUGCUCUAUAUCAUAUUCAAGCAAGUUUUCUUUUCGCCUGUUACGUGUUUUUUACUUUCAUUAAGUCUCGAUUUUUUUAUUAGAAAACAAUUUGAUGGAAAUAGAAAAACACGACCUAAAUUUAGCCUUUACUAUCUUCAAGAAGUUACAAAUGACCUUACAGAACCUUUGAGAUUUUUUCCAAUAAAAAGGAUAUGUAUUUCGCAACCUUUCAAUUAAAGCUUUUCAAAUGUAGAGCUAAAAAUAUUGAGAUUGGCUUUUCCUUAAAAACUAUUCUCUGUCAUCAAUAUGUAGAUUCAAAACAAAAGUUUUAGAAAGGACAACAUGUUAAAGAUACGUUGCCCUUACACUGUACACUAGGCAAAAUUGCUAACGCACCACUUACUAUUUCUUUGAUAGUUUUAGAUCUGAACGCAACAACGAUUGAUUCGUAUAUUAUUUUAGUUAUUUUAUAACAAAGAAAAUAAAAAAUCAUUUGUUACAAAUUUAUUGACCAGUUGCUUUGAGUACUGCUUAUAAAACAUCGGUACCCCCCCCCCCCCCGCCCCCAUUAUGUGAUUCACAUAUCAAUAUCAGAUGUAGGCUCCAUUUGCUCGGAUAAAUGGGAUGUGUAUGUCUUGUCGCCUAAUAUUUACGCGGCGCUUUGGGGUUCUUGCUCGGUCCCUCACACUUCCGGUUUGUACAAAUUUCCGGUACAACCUUUUAAACACUGUGGCUACUUAAAACGACAUUGGUUUUAUUUGAUAAGCAUGCUGCGUCAUGUUUAAGCCAAUAUCACCGGUAAUCGUUAAGUUAUUAACAUUUAUUCAAACAUCACUUAAGGAGCAUCCUGCAGAGACCAUACUAACUGCCCUGCCACGCUCUUCUGUCGUCAAACGCGCCAUACUCCGUCGGGGUUUUUUGUGAGGUUUUAGUUAUGCAUGCAUCAAAAAUAAGAUCACAAAAAAGAAAGUAAAGAUUUAUCUUUCCAAAAGAAUGUGAGCACGAUUUGAGCAUUUCUAAAGAUCAGUCACACUUCGGUUAACAUUGCAUCCAUUUAUCCGUUUGGGCAUUUAAAUGUUUUACUUAUAAUUAAGGUGACCUAUUUAAACAUUAAAUAUAUCUUUAAGAAUUUUUAGGAUGUAAAUAUUAUUUUAUUUUAAAUGGUGCGAUAGCAAUUUUGUCUAGUGUAUUUUAUUGUUGCCAGUUUAAAAAUACUCAUGUUCAAUUAAUGAUUUUCAGUAUUUUAC